AUGCAUGUAUGGGAACUGUACGAGAGAGGGAAGCUGGUGGAAUUGGUGGACUCAUCAUUGGAAGGGGAAUAUGAUGUUGAUGAGGCUUGCAGAUUCUUGAAGAUUGGUCUUCUUUGCACCCAAAACAUGCCAAAGAUCCGGCCAUCAAUGUCUAAUGUGGUGAAGUUGCUAACGGGUGAGAUGGAAGUGGAUGACAAUGCAAUAUCAGAGCCAGGCCUAAUUUUUGAGCUAAUGGGUCUGAGAAGCGAAAAGCAUAAUACAUCAAAUACAUUAUCUUCCGGCUUGGAGAACCUGAAUAAUUCCUCAUCUUCAGGGAACACAAACACAUCAUAUGCCACAAUGACCUUCACGUCAAUAUAUGACCGAAGUACUUAA